UAGCUAUUCAUCCAGCUUGAGAUCUUUCUUCACUGGCUUGGAAAAACAGGUUUUAUGAUCCCGAAAUAGCGUGGGUAGCAUUUACAGUCCUUCUUGCUUGACUGACAACCCGCUCCUUAUAAUGCAGACUGACCCAGUAAGGAUGGGGUAGCAGAGAUUAGAAUGUAUAACACCACCACAUAGUGAUCAACAGCUUGUGAAAUAUACACUUUGACCAAAGACAAGUUUCUGGGAGAGAAUACAGUUGUUGAGAUCUGGAACUUGAACCUCAACAGUGAUGUUGUGAUGUAGUUGAAGCAGCACAAACAGCGAGCCCUAAAUCUGUAUCCCACCAACUGGAUUAACACACCACACAACAUGUCUGCAAUUGAGCAGUUGUCAAUCACUCUGGAACAUGAUAUUGACGAGCAGUAUCAGUAUCAACCGGGCGAGGUGGUGCGUGGCGCCAUAUGUAUCAAAUCCUCCAGACCCACCUUCAUAAGGACAAUAUUCAUCACGAUAGUGGGGGAGGGCUCAGUCGGGUGGGACGAUGAGAGUUCCGGAGAGACGUACACGGCCAGCGAGACAUACAUUAACGCGUCUAAAGUUGUCAUUGACGCUCGGGGAGGACGACCGAAGGGGAUUCACGUCGGCAACAACGACUUCCCCUUCGAAUACCAGCUUCCUGAAAACCUCCCGUCUUCGUACAUCGGAAAAUACGGGAGUGUAACAUACCUAAUGAAAGCCACGGUCAAGGGAGACAAGUCUAUUGACCAAGCUAUUACAAGUGAGCCGUUUCUGUGUUUACGGAGGAGUCCUUUGCCAGAUUUCAUAGAAACACCAUUAGAAUUGGAACGAAAUCAGUGUUUCUGGGCUUCGUGCACAUUCGGGAAUGUUUAUGUUCGAGCCGGACUUAACAAACAAGGUGGCGUGCCGGGAGAAGAUUUGUUUGUUCAUGCGGAAGUGAAAAACAAAAGUCGGCGUACGAUCACUGCCGUUCAGGCAUCUAUCAUCAUGCAUAGUACAUACAAUGCCAAGAAGUACACCACAAACUUUCGACAGAUAGUAAACAAGAAACGCGAUGAGUAUGACCUAACCUACAAUGAUGGAAGGCGAUGGUCAUAUGUUCGUCUCACUGUUCCACCAUACAUACCGGAAUCAAACUUGGAAUACUGCGAUAUUAUCGACCUGUCGUAUCUUUUCCAGUUUCGGGUGGAGUUAACAGGGGGGGUUGAAGUCAAACUUGAAGCUCCUCUCCUGAUCGGAGCUCAUCCGGCUGGAUUGGAAAUUCCGAAACAAGAGAAGCCGAAUAACAACAUCAAUAGUCAGUGGACAGUGAAAAUGAAGGGGGUUGUACUGGACAAUGUAGGCAACGGGUUCGAUGAACGUGACACAGUCAAUGACUGGCAUGGGGGAGUGCCACCAGAGCUCCGGAGUGACGACAGGAGUGUCAUCAACAAUCCUCUGUUUCGUAACAACUCUUUCAUGAAUCGUGGCGGGCGUCCUGGGAUGAGGAACAUACCAGAUGAACAGCCAGAAAUCAUCGAGAACACCAAAUUAUGAAGAGAGUUAUAGAAACUAUUAAUCAUAUAUUCUGUUUUGGGUUGCUACUGGUCAAAAUAUUUACUAUAUGCAAAUUUGUAGAUAAAAACUGGUUUGAGACUUAUAGAUAGCCAUUGUAGUGUUUCUGAUCAAUUUACAUUAAUAUUUGGUAAAUUAAUGUGAAAUUGACGUAAAAUAAUGGUUUUGUCCAUGAAUCAUCCUAUAAAAUAAAAGAGAAAUCCCAAAAGACAUUCAUGCAAUUAACAAGGAAAUGCCCUGUCAAUCACAGGCACCUCAACUGACAUUGAUGAGCUUCAUGGAAAAUCACAUAUCAAUUUCGUGUACAUAGUUUGACAGUUUAUUGACAAGCCUUGUCAAGUUUGUGUUGUAAAUAUCACUGAAAUGGAUUAGCAUGUGUACAGGAAUAUAUAUAUUACCCAGUGACCAUCAAGUGCAAUGGACAUACUAUAGACAAGCUAUGUAAGUAUCACAUAGAGGGUUUUUAUAUUUAUAUAUAAAUAUUAUUUUACUGCUAUUUGUCACUAUAACAGUAUUGGAUAUCAAAUGUCAAUAAAUGAUUUUACAAUUGUCAAAAUAAUUCUAUGUUCUAGUAAUCAUGCAUUUAUUUCAUAAUUUCCAGCUUUAAAGAUAUUUGAAAACUGUAAAACAGAGUUUGUUAUUAUGUUCUGCUACCUUACUGUAAGUCUAGCUGUAAAACCAUGUUGUUUCACUUUAGUAUUCAUACAGAUGUUUCAGGUCAACAUUCAAACUCUUUAAAAACCUUUUUUCAAGGACUAGUUUAUGUCUAUAAAAGAGGCUAAUUAGUCACAAGAGUGGAUAUGAAACAGUCACGUGAUACUUUCCUCCAUCGUAUCGGUAUCAUUUGCUGGGAGCCAGUGGGAAUGAUGCUCAAUCACCUAACUGUAAUCUCUAUGUGUAAUUAGAGCGAUAAAUAUUCUUGCAAAUCAGUGGCAUAUUGUGUGUUCAAAUCCUUUCAGCCCAAAUACAAUUUCAGCUCUUUUCAAGCACCUUGUUUGAGAAAUGGUCAGUUAUUUUUUUACUUUUCAGGAACAAAGUUACCUUCAAGAACUUUCCAAGUUUGUACCGUGCACAUGUUGAUUACUGUGGAUGAGCAAUGUAUCAGUGCUUUUUUACCAAUGCUUUCAUGAAAUCCACAGAAAGUGGAAAUGUUUCUGAAUAUGCUGAGAGCUGGAUGUGUUUGGAUUCUUGUAACAUUCUUCAGAUGUUUUCUUUGAUCAACAACAAAACAAGAAAGUAAUUAUAGACCAACGAGGGUGCAUUUCUUUUGAUGCUCAGUAUAUGCAACACAACUGGACACUUUCACAAGCAGCAACAUAUGUAUUAUAUAUAGGAGAGGAUUUUACUGUAAACAUUUUACUCCCAAAGAUUCCAACCAUGUCAUAUUUUCAACACACAAAUACUGUAUCUGAGCAAUUUGAUACAAGUUCCUAGUACUGGGUUAUUAUAAAUACUGUAUUUGUCAUGAUUCAUGGUACCUCUCCUGCAAGCAAGCAGUACUGAUCACCAUAUUUGUCAACAACAGACUUGAAUAAUGAAAAGUAAAACGUGGUAAUGGAGAUCAAUGUUUUGCUAUAACUUGGGACAAGGUGACUUAGCAUACAGUAAAUCUUUCAAUGUGGAUUCAGACUGUGACAAGCAUUUACUGCGUCCUCUCAUUAUGUCUGUGCUGCUAAUUACCAAACAUAUGGGGUAAUCAAAAUCCUGCUAUCAGUCAUAUAUUUCUAUGUCACUGAACUAUGUGUUUCAGCAGUGGGGUACAUUGUAUUGAAGCAUUGUGAUUGUUUCACGAUACGCCUACCUAUGUAUCGACCAGGGAUAUAAUUCUAUAUUGAUAUUCAACAAGUCAUAAUUUACAAAUUUUUGCUAUAGCCCAGCCUGUGUUACAUUCCCAGGUCAUACAAGAAAAUGUUAGAUCUGAUUUCAUAACACUAAACAAGCCUGGAGUAACCAGUUGUGCGAGUUACCACAAACUGGUUGAUAGUGACAACCUCUUGGUAGCCGGAUGGAGCAUUGAGAAUGUCAUGCAACAACAGUGCAAUCAAAGUAUGAGGACUUAAGUACUGGGAUAUGUAUCGAUACCUACGGUGGGCGUAUCGUGAUACCCCUAGUACAUUGCUGUUUAGGUACAAGUAUGUUCCCAGUAAACUUUCCAUCCUGUCAAACAUUGGAAAUAAAGUCGGUGUAUGUAA